UCUGAGCUCAAAGAAUAUAUCACUGUCAAAACUGAAAAGUGAAAAAAAAAAAAAAAGAAUAGAAUAGAAUUCAUCACUAUACACCACAAAGUUCCAAAAAUAAAAAUUAAAAAAUAAGCCUUAGUGUUAAUGGGUGAUAGCUGUAAGAGAGGUGGCAGCAGUGGUGGCACCACCACCAGGCUCCUCCGGGAAGCGGCGGAGGACGGUGGUGAUUCGGAAUGGAAGAGUGAGAGGCCAAGAGAGCCUUGGAAAGGGGAAUAUGUGAAGAGCAUAGUGUUUGGAGGGCUUGAUGCCAUUAUCACUUGUUUUGCUCUCAUUUCUUCCAUCAAUGCUAGCACUAGGUCAUCUGUGGAUGUGCUGGUUCUUGGGUUCUCAAACCUAGUGGCAGAUGCAAUAUCAAUGGGGUUUGGGGACUUUGUGUCUGCUAGCUCUGAGCAGGAUGUGAUCAUUGAGGAAAGGAGAGUGACAGAAUGGGAUGUCAUGAACCAAAGGGACAAGGAGCAAACAGAGUUGGUUAAAUACUAUCAAGCUCUUGGGAUGGACUACAAUGAUGCAACCAUGGUUGUGAACAUAUUCACAAAGUACAAUGACAUCCUGGUGGACCAGAGAAUGGUAGCAGACAAGGGAAUGCUGCCAUCAGACCAAGAGGUGAAGCCAUGGAAGAAUGGCCUGGUCACCUUUGCAUCCUUCAUGCUCUUUGGCUCAACUCCCUUGCUCUCUUUCAUCAUCCUCAUACCCUUCACUGACAGUGAAACUGUCAAGUUUAUCAGUGCUUGCCUUGUUUCUGCACUUGCUCUUGCUCUCCUUGGGAUGGCUAAGGCAAGGAUAGCUAGCCAAAACAUCAUGUUCUCUGUGGCUCUCACACUCUGCAGUGGUGCCAUAGCUGGACUUGCUGCUUAUUUAGUAGGGUGGUUGCUUAAGCAUGUGGCAGGACUAGAGGGUUGAUAAGCCAGACUUGAAUUUAAAGACUGUUUCCAUAUAAAUUUAUGAAAUAUAAGUUUAGAAGAACUUGUUUACAUACUGAAAUAAAGUGUUUUUUUCUGAUAGAGAAAUUCUCAAAAA